AUGGGACGAAACGAGCUUGUCAAUCUGAUAAUGAUGUGGCAAAGUGUGGUAUCAAACAAGUAUAGUACUGAGCCUAUGGAACUGCGAUUAUUGAAGCAGCGAUUGGCCAGCGUAUCAUGUAACUGUCAUAGAGAUUGCUGCAGAGGAUCUUACGAACCGUCGUUUGACAGGUUGCAUAACGCGCAGUGCACGAAAGAUAGUGAGACACAAGCUGAACGUUUCAUAUCAAUAGAUGCGAGGCCAGCCUAUCCAGCCCAAUACAUCAAGGAUGCUCUUUGCCCUACAUGCAGCAUGACCUUGAACAUUUUACGUGGAGGUGUAGUGAAAGUUCUGAAAGACCAAGAAGCUGGAACGACGGCGUCAAUGUUCUAUGCCGAUAAAUGUAUUGGCAAUAAAGAUUCCAGAUGGGAACUUCCAGGAAUUCUCAGUCCCACCCAGCGUAAGCGUUUGUACCCUGAACGGGUGACUUUUCGCGACGUCGACGUGCCAUAUAAACGUUAUGUUGAAGUUACCAGCAAACCUUUAAGUGCAAACAGAUGUGUUUGUUUAGAAGAUUUCAUUGACUCCAUUAGGCCACCAUUACGUUAG